AUGGAGCCUAGACUUCACUUUUCAGAUCCAUCUUGGUCUAAAACAUCAAGAACCCUUCUUGCAUUACUAGGAAUUCUUGGAAUCUUCUGUGUAGUUGGCGUAGUUUCCUAUUGCCAGCAGCCAUCACUGUCUGCAUCUGCAAUGAAGCAAUUUCAGUUUGAAGAGCAAGAGUUCAAUGAUUACGUCGAAAAAUUCAAUAAAGCUUACUCUGAUGAAGAAUAUGCAAAACGCUUUUAUAUAUACAGAAGCAAUCUGAAAUUGGCAUCAUUUCACAAAAUUUAGCCUUAUUAAACAUUUUCACCUAUAAAAUAUACUGCUAUAUUUAAUUGAUUAAAGGUUAACUUUUUCAUUGAAUAUGAUUUCUGCUUAAAAAAAUAUUUAAAUUUUUCCAUUGAUAAUAAUUAUAAUAUUUUCACCCAAAAUGCAGCUUAUAUUCGACUUCACAACUCUCUCAAUAAAUCUUGGACCUUAGGCUACAAUGACUUCACAGAUCUAUCCCCAGAAGAGUUCAAGGCAAUAUAUUUACUCCCCCUCAAUUAGCAAGCAAAUAAUUUGCUUACUCACGGAGGGGUGCUUUAUAUUAAUUUUACUUUGAAAAUUAAAAUAACCCCCUAUUCCAACAAUUUAAAAUGCGCUGUUAAAAUUUAUAUCACUUAUAUAUAAAAAAUUUUUUUUAUAUUAUAAAAUUUUUACUUGCUCAUAUAUAUUUUUCCAAUGGCUUUGCUAGAUAAAUAAGGAGGGGAAUUAGUUAAUUAUAAAGCUAUCAAGCUCUCUGGAAAAUCAACAUGGUUUGAUACUUCUUUAAAGAUUCCACAAAGCAUUGAUUGGAGGUCUGCAGGCGCCGUCACACCUGUUGGAAACCAAGGAACUUGCACAGCAGGCUGGGCAUUUGCAACAACAGGAGCUAUUGAAGGCUUAUGGAAAAUUUCAGGAAAUCCUAUAGUAUCCCUCUCAGAAGAACAAUUAGUAUCAUGCUCCUACUCUUAUGGCAAUCAUGGAUGCAAUGGUGGAAUCCCAGAUUUUGCAUAUGAAUAUGUCAUAGGAAACGAAGGAAUUGCCAGCGAUAAAAUUUACCCUUGGACAUCAGCAAAUUCAACUGUAAGCAACUGCAUACCAACUUUAGCAAGCAACGUGGCAGUUAAAAUAGCAAGCUAUAAUAAUGUUGCACCAGUAGAUGAUCCGGCAGCCUUAAUGGCAGCCAUAACACAGCAACCUAUUGCAGUUGGAGUCGAAGCUGAUCAGUAUGUAUGGCAAUACUAUAAGACAGGAAUCAUUAGCAAUAACUGUGGAACCAAUAUCAAUCAUUAUGCAUUAGUAGUUGGGUACAAUACCACAGGCUCUGUACCCUAUUAUAUCGUCAAGAAUUCCUGGGGAAGUGGCUGGGGUAUGAGCGGAUACCUAAAUAUCGCAAUUGCAAGCAGCACUGGGGUUUGUGGCAUCCAAAUGGUGGCUUCUUAUCCUACUCUAUAA